CCUAGAUUCCCAACUCUGCUUCCCUCUGUCAGAGAAACUCCUCAACCAACCACCCCAUAUAUUAAAAACUCCCCCUUCUCCCCCCUUCCUCUUCUUUCCUCGGCUAUUUCUUCAAGCUGAAGAAGAACAAUGGUGGGAACAGAGCAAUCUCCAGCUCGGAAUAAUCAUCAGCAGCAAGUGGAUGAUGAGAAGCUAGCAAAGCAGAAAGCAAUUGAUGAGUGGCUUCCAAUCACUGGCUCAAGGAAUGCCAAAUGGUGGUACUCUGCUUUCCACAAUGUCACUGCCAUGGUUGGAGCUGGUGUUCUCAGUCUCCCUUAUGCCAUGUCUGAGCUUGGAUGGGGUCCAGGAGUUGUAAUCCUGGUGCUGUCAUGGGUCAUCACACUCUACACACUCUGGCAGAUGGUGGAGAUGCACGAGAUGGUGCCCGGGAAGCGAUUCGAUCGAUACCACGAGCUCGGCCAGCAUGCCUUUGGAGAGAAGCUUGGCCUCUACAUUGUUGUGCCACAGCAGCUCAUAUGCGAAGUUGGUGUCUGCAUUGUGUACAUGGUCACAGGAGGCAAAUCACUCAAGAAGUUCCAUGACACAGUCUGCCCAGACUGUAAGAACAUCAAGGUGACCUUCUUCAUCAUGAUUUUCGCCUCCGUCCACUUUGUCCUCUCCCAUUUGCCAAACUUCAACUCCAUCUCUGGUGUCUCGCUGGCUGCUGCUGUCAUGUCACUGAGUUACUCCACCAUUGCCUGGUCAGCAUCAUUGCAUAAGGGUGUCCAGCCAGAUGUUCAAUAUGGUUACAAGGCCAAGAGCACAACAGGAACAGUAUUCAACUUCUUGAGUGCUUUGGGAGAUGUUGCGUUUGCAUAUGCAGGGCACAAUGUGGUGUUGGAGAUUCAAGCAACGAUUCCAUCCACGCCAGAGAAGCCAUCGAAGGGCCCCAUGUGGAAAGGAGUGCUAGUUGCAUACAUUGUUGUGGCACUCUGCUACUUCCCAGUUGCCUUAAUUGGAUACUGGAUGUAUGGGAACUCGGUUCAGGACAACAUCCUUAUCUCCUUGGAGAAGCCUUCUUGGCUCAUCGCCAUGGCCAACAUGUUUGUUGUCAUCCAUGUCAUUGGUAGCUACCAGAUCUAUGCAAUGCCUGUGUUUGACAUGAUGGAAACCUUGUUGGUCAAGAAACUUAACUUCACACCCAGCUGGAUGCUUAGGUUCUGCGUUCGCAACUUCUAUGUUGCAAUGACUAUGUUCGUAGGUAUCACCUUCCCCUUCUUUGGUGGCCUCCUCGGUUUCUUCGGAGGGUUUGCUUUCGCGCCAACCACAUACUUUGUAAGUGUCACAAAAUUGGACAGAACAACUGCCUUGUGUAAUGUGGCUAGCCAUCUACAAGCCAAAGAAGUUCGGCUUAUCUUGGUGGGCCAAUUGGGUCUGCAUUGUGUUUGGAGUGUUGCUGAUGGUCCUCUCACCAAUUGGUGGGUUGAGGUCAAUCAUCAUUCAAGCUAAGACCUACAAGUUCUAUAAUUGAAGCAUUAUAUUGAUCGAUCGAUAACACGAGAAACCCAGGGAAACAUCAUAGGUUGGGGGUGAAACGUUUGGGAGUAUUGCACAGCAGCAAAGUAGUUGGGUUAAGGUGUUAAACAAACAAGAAAGAGUAGUUUGAUGUGCAGUUUCGUUAAUGUCUGAUUUGUUUCCCCUUCUGUUUGUGGUUUGUUUAUGAGAGAUAUGGUGGUGAUGUAAUGAUGGCGGGAGGGUUAUAAUAUUGGGUUUUACAGAAGAAAACAGAAAUAUGAUGAGGUUUCUGAAACUGACCCUUUACUACUUUACCAUACAGUGUCUUGAUUAAUGAAAGUGAAAGCCAUUUGAUAAGAGUGGAAUUUGUCAAACACUUGCCCACCCUUUUUGGUUUAAGCUCUUUUGUCUUUCUUCCUCCG